UCGGCGGCUUUCACUUUUCUUGAAAAUGAUGGCUUUAAUCUAUUUUUUGGUGAAACAUAUUCCUUUUUCUUAUCUUUUUAUCUAUCUCUUUUAGCUACUGCGGGAACAAAUAAAGCUGCCUCCAGUGGAACUUCAUUGAACACGCGGAAACUUGAUGAAGAAACAGAAGUUCUUGCGCAUGAACGAGUACCAUCUGAACUAAAGAAAAACAUCAUGCAGGCUCGUUUGGACAAGAAAAUGACCAAAUCUCAACUUGCACAGCUGAUCAAUGAGAAGCCACAAAUUGUCCAGGAGUAUGAAUCUGGGAAGGCCAUACCAAACCAACAGAUAAUUACAAAGCUGGAAAGGGUUCUUGGUGUGAAGCUCCGAGGAAAGAAGUGAAACAAAAUCCGCAGUGAAGGAUACUGAAGGUCUUCAGUAGGGUUCUCUGUUGCUAUUAUUACUAACAUAAAACGAAUUCAGUUUUGAGUGUCCAUGAAUUUGAA